AUGUACAACCCAGCGACAGACCGUUCCCCUAUUUCCCCUUCCUUCACCCCAAAUCCGUUCGACAAAUACAAAUCAGCCCGUGAGGGCAUGCUACCAGAUGGAAUAAACGGUAUCGGAACUGGUUCCUGGCCUGAUAGGUUUUCAGCGAGGAAAAAGGUCGGCGAAAGGAGAAGAAUCGUUAGGGUUCUCGUUGUUGCCUUUUUGGUCGGGUUUUUAUUAUGGUUCUUUGUUACACCGUUGAAUUGGACUUCUGGGCGGAAUUCCGGCGAGCUCUAUACACAGCCCGAGACUGGGACGAGGACGGAAGGAAAGGCGCAACAUGACAGUGCGGAUGUAGAUACGCCGAGUCCGGUGGGAGAAGGGCAGACUAUUCCACAGGAUUCAAAGGUGCAGUUUGGAAAGGAGAAGGCUUCUUUCGUUAUGUUGAUUCGAAAUCAGGAACUUCAAGAUGCCCUUAAAUCCAUGAAACAGAUCGAAGACCGAUUCAACCAUCGAUUCCACUACCCAUGGACUUUCCUCAACGAUGUUCCAUUCACCGAGGAGUUUAUUCGAGAAACAACCAAGCGAGCAUCCGGAAAGACAGAAUACGGAUUGAUCCCCAAGGAACACUGGAGCGUCCCCGAGUCCAUCGACCAGGAUAAAAUGAGAACUGCGAUGAAAAAGAUGGAACAAGACAGAGUCAUCUAUGGCGGUUCUCUUUCCUACAGACAUAUGUGCCGGUUCAACUCCGGUUUCUUCUGGCGACAAGAACUCCUCGACAAGUACGAAUGGUACUGGCGUGUCGAACCUGGUAUUGGUUUCUACUGCGACGUCGACUACGACCCCUUCGAAUUCUUGCGUCUCUCUGGCAAGAAAUAUGGUUUCACGAUCACACUUCCCGAGUACAAAUCUACCAUCCCAACUCUCUGGUCCGAAACACUCGACUUUAUGAAGAAGAACCCACAGUACCUCAACUCCAAUUCCUCGCUUCAGUAUUUGCUCGACGAUAAGGAUCAUGGUAAAUCGCUGAGCUCGGAUCCACCACCAGAAUAUAACGGAUGUCACUUUUGGUCGAACUUUGAAAUUGCUAGCUUGGAUCUGUGGAGAAGCGAAGCUUAUCGUAGUUACUUCGAUCAUUUGGAUCGUGCUGGAGGUUUCUUCUAUGAAAGAUGGGGUGAUGCACCGGUUCAUUCAAUCGCCGCUGCUUUGUUUUUGGGAACCCAAGAAGUUCAUCACUUCGCAGAUAUGGGAUACAUGCACGUCCCAUGGAGCAGAUGCCCACAACCAGAUGAAUUCCACAAGUAUUCCAAGUGCGUUUGUCCAUUUGAAAAGAAAGACAGCUUUGACUUAAACGGAUGGAGUUGCCAGCCUAGGUGGUGGAAGAUCGCAGGGAAGGAGUAUGGUGCUUGA